GUUCCUUUAAUUUCCCGGCAGGACUAAUGCAGUAAACCCUAAUUCACCCUCUUUCGUUUUUUCGCCACCACAAAAAAAUCACUCCUUUUUUACUCUUUCUUCUUCUUCUCUCCCAAAUUCACUCAACUUAGGCCUCUCGCUCUCUUUCAUUCAGAUCCUAUUCCAUUACCAUUACUCCAAUUUCUUCAUAUUUUCUCUGUUUUUGUUCUACAACAAAAACCCAUAUAGGAUUUCUUGGAUUCAACCAAGGAAUCCCCAAAUUGAAUAAAAAUUUAGUUCAUUUGUCUAUCCACUCGUCAGAAUUUUCAUUUUCAUUUUCAUUACCCGGUUUGUCCAUCUUGCCAUUGCUUUCUUGUUUACAAAAAACCCACCUCUGGGUUUCUCAUUCUUGGUCAAGAAACGCUCAUAAAGUUUGAUUACCUCAUUUGGUGAAAAUUUUCGAUCAUUUUUGUUCUUCAAUGGCGGAGGAUAGGAAUGGUGCCCGCAGUGAGGCGAGCGAUUACACGUCCGAGGACGAGGGAACGGAAGAUUACAGGAGAGGAGGUUACCAUGCGGUGCAAAUUGGGGAUAAGUUCAAGAAUGGGCGCUAUGUGGUGCAGAGCAAGCUUGGUUGGGGCCAUUUCUCUACUGUCUGGCUCGCAUGGGAUACCCAGGCAUCGCGUAAUGUAGCUUUGAAAGUUCAAAAGAGUGCCCAACACUACACUGAAGCAGCAAUGGAUGAGAUAAAGAUCCUCAAACAGAUUGCUGAGGGAGACCCAGAUGAUGAAAAAUGUGUUGUAAAGCUAUUGGAUCAUUUUAAGCAUUCAGGACCUAAUGGACAUCAUGUGUGUAUGGUUUUUGAGUUCUUGGGAGAUAAUCUGUUGACCCUUAUUAAGUAUAGUGAUUAUAGAGGGGUUCCUUUAGGCAUGGUUAAAGAAAUAUGUUUUCAUAUUUUGGUGGGUUUAGAUUACUUGCAUCGCCAGCUUUCAAUUAUUCACACUGAUUUAAAGCCGGAGAAUAUCUUGCUUUUGUCAAUGAUUGAUCCAUCUAAAGAUCCUCGUAAAUCAGACACUCCUCUCAUCCUCCCAACCAGCAAGAAUAAAAUUGUUGCUGAGUCUCCUGCUUCAAAGUAUAGUCAGAGUUUAAAUGGGGACCUAACAAAAAAUCAGAAAAAGAAAAUUCGAAAGAAAGCUAAGAAGGCAGCUCAGAGUAGCGUGGGGAAAGAAGUUUAUGAGGAAAACAGUGCAGAUACUGAAGUACUUGGCCAUGAAGAUUCUAAUACUGCUACAAAAUCUAAUGAAGGCUCUCACAAUGAACCAAAUACUUCGGUGGCUAAAGAUGAAUCAAGAAAGCAUGAGGAAAACAAGGGUGUUUGUCAAGAAAAACUUGCUCAUAGAAGAGGCAGUCGUUCCACAAGGCAAAAGCUAUUGACUGCAGUUGACUUAAAGUGCAAAUUGGUUGAUUUUGGAAAUGCUUGUUGGACGUACAAACAAUUUACAAGUGACAUCCAGACUAGGCAAUAUAGGUGUCCAGAGGUUAUUCUUGGAUCUAAAUACUCAACUCCAGCAGAUCUCUGGUCCUUUGCUUGUAUUUGCUUUGAGCUGGCCACUGGUGAUGUCCUUUUUGAUCCUCACAGUGGCGACAAUUACGAUAGGGAUGAGGAUCACUUGGCAUUGAUGAUGGAGCUUGUUGGCAUGAUGCCGCGUAAGAUUGCAUUAGGUGGUCGCUAUUCUCGGGAUUUCUUCAAUAGAUAUGGCGAUCUGAGGCACAUCCGUCGGUUGCGUUUCUGGCCUGUUAGUAAGGUGCUUAUGGAGAAGUAUGAUUUCAAUGAGCAGGAGGCAAAUGACAUGGCCGACUUCCUUAUUCCCCUACUUGAUUUUGUGCCUGAAAAGAGGCCAACAGCGGCUCAAUGCCUCAGUCACCCAUGGAUUACUGCUGGCCCUCGUCUGCUUGAACCUUCCAUGCCUCCUGUUCAACUGCAUGCAAGUGAUGGGAACAUGUCUGAAAACAAGAGGGAAAGGGAUGAGAGAGAAGCUAUGGAAGCUGGAGUGGGGAAUAUAGCUAUCAUAGAGCGGCCAAAUCACACAACCCUUCAAAAUAAGCAUGACCAAAUUGGUAUUAGUGUUUUAAAACCUUAAUUUUCCGUGUCGGCCUUUUCUUCUUAAACAUGGAUUUGCCACAAGUGGCUUGCAUUCUUUGCGAGGGUUUUGGGCUUCACACAUAAUUGAGAUUGAAAUUUUGCUACAGAGACGUGACUCUGGUAGCAUAUGGUCAUGGUGUGGGUGAUGAUAUAGAAACUAGUUUCUCUCAAAGUAUGCUUGGAUUGAAGAUCCCUGACCAAGCAUAGCCUCCAUAAACUUAAAAAAUCUCCUUUUUGAUUUUUCAUUGGACAAUUUAGUUUCGGUCGAACUGAUUUUGUAUCAUGCCUCUAGGUGUAGCCGCCAUUUUUUACAUUUGAUUGCAUCUGUUUCUCUUGA